GACCAAGAGGAACCGUGGUUCAUGUCUGCCCCUAGACCUCAAUCAUCCAGGGGAAGGGGCAGAGGUCGUGCUGGGGGUCAAAGUGCAAGCAACAAUGGCGGGGGUAACGAGGGAAUGGGAGACGAGAGUCAGAAGGGAAGCAAAAAUGUUUCUCCAGCUGGAGUAAAUAGGCAAAGACAAAAAAAGCCGGAGGUACAGCGUUAUGUACCAAGGGGACGACGCCUCCUGAACCAACAGGAAGAAGAAACCAGGGUGGAGCAUGCCGAACCUGUAGACAUGGGAGACAACUCACCCAUAACAAAAGAUGACAGCAAUAAAAUUUGUACCGAAACUACCAAUGAACAACGCCCGUCGAGAAAUGCUAAAAAGAGAACCAAGAACGAAGUUUAUAUUCCACCUGGGAGGAGGACACAGGGGGAGGAGGAGAGCCCAGGAACUGGUGGUGGUAAUUAUAGAUCUGAUGGAGAGGCUCUGCAGUUUGAAGACUGCAAUGCUGUGUCUACCAAACCUGCUGAGUCCUUGAAGCAGAAACUGACAGAAGGAGCCGAAAAAGAUAGAAAAGAACAACUAACUUCGGGAAACGGAAAAGAGGGAAAAUCUGAAAUCAUGGAUCAUGAGGAUAUGGAUGAAGCAAGGAAUAUUACAAAUGACUGUGUAGAAAGAGUUGACGAACAAACUGUAAAUGAAUAUAUCUGUGAUAAAGAGGAGGAGAAGAUGGAAGAAGGUAUGGAGGUCGGUGAAGGGGAUGUUGUAAAUAAUGACUGUGUGGACCAGGAUAAAAGUGUUACAGUUGAAGAAUCAUCGAAAGAGAAAGUAGGAAUCUUAAAUGAAAGUGAAAGGAUAAGCUCAAGUGGUGAAAGGAAAGAAGCAGGUGAGACAAUGGAAACUGGAACUCAAGACACAAAGCAGGAAUAUGAGGAUGAUACCCCAUUAAACUGGGAUGAUGAUAUAGAAGAAGGCAAUGAGGAUGAUGCAUCAAAAGAAUCAAAGAACAGUGAACUGAAAACAGAAGUGAAAGUACAGACAGAUCAACCCAGUGAAUCGAAAUCAGAGGUGAAAAAGAUCAAACUAAAAAAGAAAAAGAAGAGUAAAGUUUUGAAUGAAGGAAAAGCGGAAGAGGAAACUCCUGCUCUGGAAAAGAAAGGGAAGAAAAAGUCCACCAGAUCAAAUAUCACUGUGUUCGACAUGAUGAAUAUGCAUGAGCUGCAAGAGGAUAAGGCUGAGAAAAAAGUGGAGACCAAAGUGGAAACAGUUCACGAGGAGAAACAAGAAAAAGAAAGUGUGUCGAAGGGAGAUGACUGUGAUAAAGAAGAUGGAGAAGAGGAGGAUGAUGACUGGGACAAGAUGUUUGAUGAUGAUGGUGAAUGUCUGGACCCCUCCGCCAUGGAUGAGUUAACAAAGACUGUAGGAAAAGUCAAGAUUGAGAAAGCCACCAUAGAUUAUUUGGACUUUAAACCAAAAGAGCCGGACUAUGAUGAUAUGAACCAUGUAAUAGAAAUCUACGACUUUCCCACCGAAUUCAAAACAGAGGAUCUGCUUUCCGUCUUUUCCCAGUUUAAGAAUAAAGGCUUUGAUAUCAAAUGGGUGGAUGACACGCAUGCUCUGGGUGUCUUCUCCAGUGUUGUAGCAGCUCAGGAUGCCUUGAAGACCGCCCAUCCUAUGUGUAAGGUCGGGCCACUCUCCGAGGCAAGCAAGGCCUGUAAGGCUAAAGCGAGGCGGUGUGUAGAGUUUCUCCAGCCUUACAAGCCUCGCCCCGAGACCACUGCAAUGACAGCACGUCGACUUGUGACUGGAGCCCUUGGGAUUGCCCCCAAAAUUUCCAAAGAGCAGCGAGAGAUGGAGAGACAGAAACUUAAAGAAGCAAAAGAGAAGAAACGAAAUGACAGAAAGCAGAGAGAAGAUAUCUGGGAGGGAACAGUAGCUUCCAACAGCUCUUGACCAUAGUCACAUGGAUAUUAGUAUCAGAACAUCUGAAUGGAGUAAAUCGUAAUAGGUUUAUAUGAAGGUGAUUGAACUAAUUUAAAAGUGAAAGUUGAACUCCCAAUCAGUUUUUAAGUUAUUACAUUAGGACGAUGCAUGCGUUGUGUUCUCAGGUCAGGGUAAGUUGUCGCUAUGCAGUUUGGAGAUAAACUGAUAAAACCCUCAUAAUAUGAUUAUAAUGAUGAAGUGAAAAAUAUUGUGUGUGUAUACAUUGUAUAUGUCUUUAUCAGGAAAGCUUCAGCUUCAUUUUGUAAGGAAAUGAUGAAGAACCGCAAUGAUACAUUUAGGAAGGAAAUAGUAUGCAAUAAAAUUACACAUGUCUCUAACUGUAUAUGCUCAAAAAAUUAAUAACAAAGUUUUGUUAUAGGGAUCAUUGAUAAUUUGGCCUUUUAUUGUUAUGAAUUAAUGUAUUAUGUGUUUGAAUUCAUAUAUUAACCUAGCUUAUUUUUAAAGCAAUCUUUGCAGUAAAACUGCUGUGUUGUUCCAUUAUACACAUGUUGAAGUGCUUGUAUUUAUUUGUUAUCAUAGUAAUUUUAAUAGGAAUUGUCACAAUGGUGCUGAAUAAUUCUUCAGUUUUCAGUGUCAGACUUAUUUUUUGAAGGAAAAAAAUAGAUUUUUAGUAUGGCCAAUUUUGGGGGAAAUACAUUGUACUUAUAAACUUUUUUGAGAUUACAUGUAUUCUUUAUAUGAAUGAAAUGACUGUGUCUCCCAAAUCUUGUUGUGAAAGUAUGAAUAGCUUUGUAAGAAUAUAUAAUUAUUUAAAUGUGUUAAGUGAAAGGUGUGGUAGAAAAAUGAAAAUUUAUAUUUUUAAAAUUGAAUGUAAGAGAAUUUGUAGAAUAAAU